AUGCAUAAACCAAUUAUUAUAAAAAACUGUCUUCAUUCAUUCUGCGCAUCAUGUCUAUUACCAAUUAUCAUUGGCAAACAAAUAGCAGAAACAAAAUGCCCUAAAUGUUCCUUUUCAAUUCCAAGCGAUGGUUUAAUUUCAUCAACGAAUGUCAUUGAAAUGAUAGAAAAUUUACAAGAAGUAUGCAAGCAAGGUUGUGCUAGAUUGUUUAAAAUCACACAACUGUCAGAACGAAAGAAGCAUCAAAAAACUUGUCAGAAAACUCAAAUAUCAAGUUCAACAACAUUAUCAUUACCAACAUCAUCACCAUCAACUUCACAAAUAAACCUUUCAGAUAUAUUUGCAUUGGAUUCAACAAGUAUUAUACCAAGAAACAUUGAAGAUGCUGCUCUGAUGUAA